AAAAUAGUUAGAAUAUAGUUUGACUUGUGUGUGUUACUUGUGAAAAUUGUCUUGAAAGAAAUGAGUGUUUUUAGCAAAUAUUUUCAUGUGGCAUUUGCACCUGUCACAUGUAAGGAUAUUAUUCAUCCACACACAGACAACUGUGUGAAAGCUGCUAUUGGAUACUUUUUUAAGCCAACGUUGACAACAAUGCAAUUUUUUAUACCACUAUUUAUGAUAUCAAUAGCAGCAAAGAAAGAUAAAAUUGACCUUGAGAUUUUUGUGGAAAUGCUAAAAAAUUUUGUUGGAGCCGUAGGAGCCGCACUGAUGACCGGGUCGAUUGGAACCUUUUUCAUGUGCAUUCUUUAUAGACUAUUAGGACGAUUCUAUUGGUAUACGAUUGUUGGGUUGCCGGGAUUUUUGGGUGCAUUGACAAUUUUUUUAGUGCCAAAUCAAAUUGCGAUAAUGUUUAGUCAUAGUUGUCUUGUUAUGGUCACAGAAGUUCUCAUUAAACGACGCGGUAGCAUUCUUUUUCGGUGUAUGGAUAGUGUAAUUUGGUUUCGAACGUUAGUCUUUAUGUUUAUGAGCGCAAUUACUUUGGAUAGUUUACGAAAAAUCAAGCCACAUAUUUCUUGGUUCAUUGAACCAGUGCGAAGAAGAUCAAAACGUCGUUAUGAAUGUUAUGACGAGAGUCCAAUAUUUGACUCAAUGAUUCCGGUUUCGGGAAAUGUUUGCAGCCAUAAAAAUGGAUGUGAUACAUUUAUAGUGAAUGAACUGAAAAAAUAUUUCAAAAUUGGUUUGGCCAUUGAAUUUGUUCAAAGUGUGUUGAGAAAUGUUGAUCAAUUUAAACAGAAUGCAUUCAAAGGUGUGUGGAGCAUAAUCACAGGAUUUAAUGUUAAAUUUUUGCUUUUUGCUGUUUGCUACCCGUUUACAUACCGAGCUCUUACCUGCAUGUUCAAUCGGCUCUAUGGUUUUGAAUCAAAGUCUUCAAAUUAUAUGGCUGCUUUUUUUGCUGGUGUUUUCUUUUAUUUUUAUCCACAAAUGCCAUUUUUGACAUACGCCAUUGCAUGCACGAUUGAAAUAAUGUGGCAACGUCUUCGGAAACGUCGAAAGUUUGUGAUCAUCCGGAAAAUCAAUGAAUUACCACUUGCCCGAAUAUCUUACGCAAUUUUAGUGCCGGUUUUAUUUCAUAUGCGAUCUUUCUAUCCUUGGCAAACACCCGUAUUGAUUCACAAAGUGAUGAAUUUGGUCACUUGUAGGCAUGACGAAAAAAUGUUGAUGAACACCUAUAAAUUCCUAAUACCAUCAAAUGCUUGAUUGAAUAAAAUGUACAUGGACUAAAUGGAACACUGGAUUUGUUGUUUUUUUUUCUCUUCUUUUCGAAAAUGUUAAAUAGGAAUGAGAGAGUUAAAACGUAUUUUAAGUCAAUUUUAUUUGAAUUUCAUAUAUUUUGUUAAUGUG